AUUUAUGGAUUUAAUCACCACCAAUAAAUCUAUUAUCUGCAUUUUAGGAGAGUAUAAAGACAAAUUAAAAAGUCAAUUAUAAAAUUAUGAAGGUGGUAUGCAUUAGUAAAAAAUAAAAUUUAUUUAGAUUCAAUAUUAUGCUUGAAUUGGAUUAUAAAAAGAAGUCUCAUCAAGGUGGGGGAAUCUUUAAAUUAUCUUGGCUUCAUAAAUUAAAGACAGUAUUUUACAUUUUUAAUAUAUUAGUUUCCCUCUGUUGUGGUUUGGAUAUAUGAUAUCUCUGAACGUAUAUAUUUGAAUUAUUAUAGCUGAGAAAUAGGAUAAAUUAUUAGAAAAUUAUAACCUCUUAAAGUAAACCAUUUCAUUAACGAAAACAUUCUAACCAAAAAUCAUUAUAAUAUUUACAGGUAAAAAUAUAGGAGGAUUCGAUUCCACUUACUUAAAGAAGGAUAUUGAUUUAAGAAAAGUCUUUGCAUUUGAACUUGAAACUAUUUCAAACCAAUUGAGAAGGUAAUCUUAAAUCAUAUGAUUAAAAUUUAGAAUCAAAAAAAUGAUUGUUGAUGAUUCAAGUGCUUUCUAUUAAGAAUUAUUUAAUAAAUAUAAAUCGGAAACCAGCAAAUUAUAAAAGACUGAUUUGAGCGAUUAAAAGCUUAUUUUUGAAAUUAAAAAAACAUUAAUUAGUGAAAUUGAAAACAACUCAAAAAAAGCAUUGAAACAUAUGUAAACAUCUUAUGAAAUUGUGACUCAAUUAGCAGCUAAAAGAAAGGAUAAUUUAAAUUUUACUGAUGAUAACUCUUUUUACACUUCCUAUGAAUUAAUUUAAUAAGCAGAAGAAUAUAGAGAAGUAUUAUCAUGUUACAAAAUAAUAGAUUGCUGAUCAAUUAAGAUUUAAAUUAUUUAGAAAUUUAGAGCAUCAAGAUGUAAUUUAAUAAUUUGAGAUUCAUUUUAAAACUUUUAAAAACUUGGUAUUCUACAGAUUAUUUGAAAUAUAAGAAUAUUUAUGGAGAGUCAAAAUCUUUGUGGCUAUAAUAAAGUUUAUCGAAUAAAAAAUAAUGGUCACCAAUUAUACUGUUGUAUAUAAUUAUUUCCAAGUAUAAUUCUAUCUAUUAUGAAUAGGCUACUCUAUUAAGCUACAUCAAACUUAUGCAAAUAAAUGAAAUGUUCCAAGAUUUAUAGAUUUAAUAGUUAAAUUUUCUUAUAUCAAAAUAAGAACCUGAGUAUUUAGGAAGAUCAAAUUACUAAAUUAGAGAAAAAGAGAGUGAAUAGCCAAUAGAUAUAAAAUCAGAUUAAAAGCUGUUUUAUUAUUAACACAUAAUUAAUUAUAGAAAAAAUGAGAUUAAUUUAGCUCCUAAUGUGUAAUUUAUUUUUGAUAUUUGGAAAUAAUAUUCUGAAAAUAGCUAAUUGUAAAUUAACUAUGCAAAUGUUUAUUUUAAAUAUUUGCAAAUAAUUAUUACACAUGAUUUUGAGUUAAAAUCUAAAAUUGUAGACUAAUUAAUUUAUUUUGGUUUAAUAGAUGAAUAUAAAAACAUCUUAUAAUUAGAAGCUUAAUAGGCAGAACUUACAAAAUAAAUAUAAUUGUAUGGUGAAAUACUAAUGUAUGAGCAUGAUAAAAUUCAUGACAUUAAAAAAUUAUCACAUUAAUUAAAUAAAAAAUUAGAUAUAUUAAUUCCUGCUAAUACAUUUAUAUCAAUUUCUAAAUUAGAAUCUGAUGAAGAAAACAUUCAUUUAAAAAUUGAUAUGAAUAUUCCUCAGCAAAUUUUAGACAUGCUUGAAAAUGGUGUAAUUAUUAGUAAGAACAAUUAAAUAGAAUUUAUUGCCACCAAUCAUAUCACAAUUAAAACAGAUUAAAAUAUAGAAAAACCAGUUUAAAUUCAACUUUAUGGAAAAUAUUUGUAAUUAUAUUUUAUAACUUAGGGAUAAACUUUAAAUAAAAAUAAUUGCCUAAGAUGUAGAGCUAUAUUCAAACAAAUAUAAAGUUGGCUUUUUAUCCAAAUAUAAAAGAGAUCCUCCAAUAAUCACAUUCAAAUAAGAUUUUGCCUAUAUUAAUGAAUUAAAUGAAAUUGAAGUAGAAUUAAGUUAUUAAACUGAAUUGGAAUUAAUGAAUUUUACCUAAAAUAAGAAUGAUCUUCUUAAAUUUAAAGAAAAUAAUAAUAAUAUAAUAAAUAGUAGACAAUUCACUUUAUUAAUAACAGAUAGCAAUAUACAUGAUAGAGUUAUUGGAUUCAAGAUAUAAGGAGAAGAAUAUUUCAAAAAAAUUAAGUUUAUUUUUCCAUUUACUUACUUUAUCAAAAUUAAAUAAUUAAGUAGUGUUUAUUAAAAUGCACAAAACAGAAAUCGAGGUACUUUGAGUGUUUUUAGUAAAUGUGCAAUUUAAUUAGAAGUUUAAGAAAUUAAUUACAUAGAGACAGAAUUUAAACCAUUAGUUGAUCUUGAUUUUUAUAAUAAAAAUAAAUUGAAUGUUAUUUUUAUGACAAGAGAUUAAACAAACUAUACUAAUUUUGGUUAAUUUAGAAUUAAAUAUUAAAGAAAUUAGAUGAAUUAUGAGGCUGUUAUUGAUGUAAAUAAUGUUUAGGUUGUAUCUUAUUUACAAAAUGUGGAAAUAUUAUCUCCUCCUACAUGUAAUGCAUAGAAAACAUUUGAAAUCGUUGUAAAAUUAAAGACAAGAGAACCAUAAAAUUAUUUUAUUUAGUUAAAAGAUCAAGAGAAAAAAUCUUUUUUUAUUAUGGGCAAGAUCAAACAAAUGAAAUAUAUUGAAGAUGAAGCUAGUUUUACAUAUUUAUUAUUUCCAAUUGAAUUAGGAAAAUGUAAUCUACCUGGAAUACAAAUUGAAAUUAGAUAAGCUAAUAAUCCAAGCCAGUUAGUUUUCGAUUCCUCAGGAAUGAAAUCCAUAUUAAUAUUACCUUGAAAAUAUAAAAAAUAAAUAAGUGCAG